AUGUCGCCAAACCAGUUGGAUGAUUCGUACGAGAAAGAAAAAGCGGAACAAGUGGAGCACGUCGACACGAUAGACGCCGAAAAGGGGCAUCUCCAGGAUGUCUCGGAACUGAGUGGUAUUGAAGACACGGCAGCUUCCAAGGCCGCGUGGCUGAUCUCAGUCACUGUCUCCAUUGGAGGCCUUUUAUUUGGCUACGACACCGGCUAUAUUUCUUCGGUGCUAGUGACAAUUGGAACGUCCCUGGGGCAUACUUUGAGCUCCAGCGAGCAAGAGCUCGUCACCUCAUUGACGAGCGGCGGUGCCUUGGUUGGUGCAGUAGGGGCAGGUCUUACUGCAGAUCGUUUUGGCCGUCGCUGGCCCAUCUGGGGGGCAUGUAUCCUGUUUGUGCUGGGAACUGUUCUUCAGACAUGUUCCUACUCGGUGGCCCAGUUCGCGGUUGGACGGUUUGUUGUCGGUCUCGGCGUCGGAAGCGCUGCCAUGGUUGUCCCUCUGUACAUCGGUGAAAUAGCACCGGCUCAAUAUCGAGGCCGUAUGGUAGCCUUCAACAACAUGAGCGUUACCUUUGGUCAGUUGCUGGCCAGCGCGAUCGGUGCCGGGUUUGCCCAGGUCGAAGGGGAAGCAUGGCGAGCGACCGUCGGUAUUGGUGCUGUACCACCCCUUGCCCUGGGCGUCCUUCUCUUUCUUUGCCCCGAGUCGCCUCGACAACUAGUCUCACACGGUGAUAAUGCGGGCGCCGACGCUGUGCUCCGACGCAUCUAUCCGCAAUCCACCGCAGAACAACGCCAGGCCAAGAUUCAAUCAAUCGAACUGUCACUUCAGGAAGCCACCACUGGAUUAUCCGAUGAAGCGCUUUGGGUAACAGUUAAACGUGUCUUCACCACCCCUGCAACUGGCCGUGCCGUGCUGACUGCGUGUGUGGUUAUGGCGAUCAGUCAGCUGGGAGGCUUCAACACCUUGAUGUAUUACGCCUCCACACUGUUCUCCAUUGUUGGAUUCAACAACCCCACAGCUGUGGGCAUCACUGUGUCAGGAACUAAUUUCGUCUUCUCGAUAGUCAACCUCUUGUUGGUGGACAGAUUCGGAAGACGCAUUAUAUUAACGACGACCGUUCUCGGCAUGUCUAUCUGCAUGCUGAUCACGGCCGUAGCGUUCCACUACAUUCCAGUCAACUUGAAGACCUUAAAAGUGGAAAGUGACGCAGUUGGCUGGCCCGGGACAGUGGUCCUUGUCACCAUUAUCUGCUAUGUGGCCUGUUAUUCUUCCGGUGUCGCGACUAUUGCGUGGAUUGGAACCGAGCUGAUUCCACUCGAGGUGCGAGCUAUUGGAACGAUGAUGAAUACGGUUACUUGCUGGAGCACCAACAUUAUCAUAGCCUCGACCUUCCUCUCCAUGAUGAAGGGCAUGACACCGAGCGGUGCAUUUGGCUUCUACACGGGUAUCUGUUUCUUUGGUUGGGUAUUCGUUCUGCUAUUCUUCCCGGAAUGCAAGGGCAUGCCUCUGGAGGCCAUCCGAGAAAAAGGCCAUCACAACGAGGCAAAGUCCACUACAAUCACCUCAUUUAGCCAUUGA